GAGCAUGGGCAGAGCGCGCCUCCCUACCUCCGGCCCGGCCCCGUGAAGGGGCGAGGCUUCCGGCCCGGCCCCGCCCGCCGCCGCCGCCUACUGCGUUCGCCAGUGCGCGUUCGCAGCCAGCUGCAGCCUCUCUUCCUCAGUCCCGCGGCGGCGGCGGCAACGGCGACUCCGGCACGAUGGCGCGGCCCCGGCUUCUGCUACUGCUGCUGGCGGCGGCAACGUGCUGCGCCCGAGGCUGGGCCCUCCUCGCCAGCCAGCAAGAGGAGCUUCUCUUUAAGACGUGGAUGUAUCAGAACAACAAGCACUACGGUCUGGAGGAGGAGGAGGGGGAGUACCACCGGCGGCUGCAGAUCUUUGUGGCCAACAAGCGGAAGAUCGACAGGCACAAUGCUGGCAACCACACCUUCCAGAUGGGCCUGAACCAGUUUUCAGACAUGACUUUUGCUGAAUUCAGGAAGAAGUAUCUCUGGCAGGAACCCCAGAAUUGCUCUGCCACCAAGGGCAACUUCCUGAGCAGCCCCAGACAGAAUCCGAGCUCCAUCGACUGGAGGAAGAAAGGAAACUACGUGACGCCAGUGAAAAACCAGGGUCCCUGCGGCAGCUGCUGGACGUUCUCCACCACAGGCUGCUUGGAGUCUGCCAUCGCCAUCAGAACAGGGAAGCUCCUCAACCUGGCUGAGCAGCAGCUGGUUGACUGCGCCCAAGACUUCAACAACCACGGAUGCAGUGGGGGCCUCCCCAGCCAGGCAUUUGAAUACAUCCUGUACAACAAGGGGCUCAUGGGCGAAGACAGCUACCCCUACCAGGCCAUGAAUGGCACCUGCCACUUCCAGCCCCAGGAGGCCAUCGCCUUCGUCCAGGACGUCGUCAACAUCACGCUGUAUGAUGAGCCCAGCAUGGUGGAAGCUGUGGGGCAGCACAACCCGGUGAGCUUUGCCUUCGAAGUGACCGACGACUUCAUGUCCUAUUCCACAGGGGUUUACUCCAGCACCCAUUGUCAUACAACACCAGACAAAGUGAACCACGCUGUUCUGGCCGUAGGCUAUGGGGAGGAGAACGGCACCCCGUACUGGAUCGUCAAGAACUCCUGGGGCCCCAGGUGGGGCCUGGACGGAUACUUCUAUAUCGAGCGUGGGAAGAACAUGUGUGGUCUGGCAGCCUGUGCAUCCUACCCUAUCCCUCUAGUCUAAAGCUCGGGAUUGCUGCCGAGACAGUUGCUGGUGUGUGAAUGAGCUGGAAACGGGAGAUGGAUGGAAACCCAUCGGAGCCAAGAUGCAGAGAGGCCCAGAGCUUGUCCUCAGCCCUUGGUCUUCAUCAGGGACACGCUCGUGCCUCCUGUGGACAUGUGGCAGCUGAUGCCGCUCCGUGCAGCUGUGGCUUCUCUAGGACGGCACUUCUCAGACUUCAACCAAGCCGGCUCCUCUUUCUUAGCUAGCACGAGGUACUCUUGCACAUGCAUCUGCGCGCACACUCACCAGCUCCACAGGAGCCUUGCCGCUUGCUGCCACCCGCUGCCCUUUCUCCCUUUGGGUUUCCAUACCAUCUCCCUAAGCUCCUUGUAGCUGCUGCCUUCAGCAUCCCAGUGAUGAGGUCUCAACCCACACUUCUGGAAAUGUUGAGCUUCGACCAGUCCGUUUGUUGCCAGCUAUCAGCUGGGGAUCUCAAAGGAUUUGUGUCCUGGAGAGCCACUGCUAGUCAGAGCAGACGGCAGCAGGCUGGAAUGCCUCGUGGUCUGAGUUAGUGGACGACAGCUUCAUAUAUCUGCACUCCCCUUCCCUGCUAGCACUCUGCAUGCCUGCUUGAGAAACGCUGAGUGAGUUCAUCAGGCAUGUGGCAUGCCUCGAGCAAGCUUCAUACCCAGCUCUUCAAAAUGUUGCACAGCUUUGCACAGGGAUCCUGACAAAUGAAGUCUCUUCCUACCAGCUGACUUGCUUUUAAAUUGAUGAGUUGAUUCAUGGUCUCAAUUAGAAUGAUAUUCUGCAGCUUUUUAAUAACAGCUUCUCAUAGAUCAUUGCUGUGGAAUUAGCUUAAAUGCAUUGCUUGAAUCAAGAUGCACAUGUGGGGUCAAUUUUUAUAAUGCUUUCUGUGCUGGGCACUCCUCAGAGGGGCCAGUUCUGAAAAAUCCUUAAAACAUGGACUUAAUGAAAUACACAGUGAGUUGUUUUUUUGUCCCGUGCGUGUGCAGUCCAUAGCUUUAAACUUAGGAGCCUGUGCAAAUGGGGUUGCCAGGCUGCAACCAGGAGAGCCUUCCUGUUCCUUUAACAUGAAGGAUGAGGACUUAAUUCUCAAGAAAAACACAAAUUUCAGGAAGAUGUUGAUUUUGAAGUCUUGCUAAAACUGUACAUCAGGUAUUUUAUUAAUUUGUACUCAAUUACUGAUAUUUUUUAAAGUUUAUUUUCAUUUGAAAAUCAUUAUUUUUGUAAUGACUAAAAGCUAAGGUUUCUAUUUUUAGAGUGACAAUUAAAUGACUUUGUAUUCAAUAAAUGGUAGAUUAAAAAGAUAUUUGCUUGUGGCAUUUGAGAGGCCUCUUGAUUUAUUCUUGGGAUGCGGUUGUGCAGAAUAAAACUGGCCAGUCCUGAUUUUCACCA